CGGCUGAUCCAUAGACACGCUCUUGUCUCUGCUCGUGCUCGUGUCCUCAUGAUUUCCACCGGAGCCUUUUAUUUUCUUUCAUUUCUAACCUACACGUCUGCAAGACUGGAUUAUUGAUAGGUUACCUGUAAGACGGUGGUUGUAGGAUGGAACCGGAGCUGGGCACUGACGGCGCCCGCAGGAAGAUGGAGGCGGCGGGCGAGGCGCUGGAGAUCGUGCCGCUGGAGAUGUAUGAUUCAGCCCGGGCUAAAAUAGCGGCAAACCUACGGUGGCUUUUCGCCAAAGCCUUCGAUGUCGAUCACAUCCCAGAGGACCUGCGAGACCCUUUCUACACAGACCAGUACGACCAGGAACACAUCAAGCCCCCCGUGAUCCGGUUGCUGUUGUCCGGUGAGCUGUAUUGUCGUGUGUGCGCCCUCAUUCUUAAAGGAGACCAGGCCGCCUCUCUGCAGUCGCACCAGUCGGUCAUCCAGGCUUUGUCUCGCAAAGGCAUCUAUGUCAUGGAGGGAGAUGACACGCCCGUCACAGACUCUGAUCUGACCUGUCAGCCAAUCAAAAUGAGUUCUCAUAUUCCCAUGAUCGAUGCUUUAAUGAUGGCCUACACCGUGGAGAUGAUCAGCAUCGAGAAGGUUGUGACCUGUGUGAAGCGGUUCUCCACAUUCAGUGCCUCAAAAGAGCUUCCCUUUGACCUUGAAGAUGCUAUGGUGUUCUGGAUCAACAAGGUGAACAUGAAAAUGAGGGAGAUCACAGAGAAGGAACACAAAUCAAAGCAACAUCUUAUCGAGUCUCCCAGUCACCAGAAGUCUCCCUCAAAAUGGUAUUGGAAACUAGUACCUGUUCGGUACAGGCGGGAUCACGGCUCGGGUAGACAACAGCCAUAUUUUCCCCUUUUAGAGGAUCUGAUCAGAGACGUGUGUGAUGGUGCUGCGCUGCUGACCGUGGUUCAUUACUACUGCCCAGACCUGAUGAAGCUUGAUGAUGUCUGCUUAAAAGAGGUGACCUCAAUAGCAGACAGCCUUUAUAAUAUCCAGCUGCUGAAGGAGUUUGCCAACGAGUACCUCAACAAAAGCUUCUAUUUAACAUUGGAGGACAUGUUGUACGCACCUCCAGUGCUCAAGCACAAUGUCAUGGUGUUCAUUGCUGAGCUCUUCUGGUGGUUUGAGAUCGUCAAACCUGAGUUCGUCCAGCCACGUGACUUUCAGGAGUUUAAGGAUGCAAGAGCAAUGGCACAGCCCAAGAGUGCCAGGCCAACUGUUCCCAUCUCCAACGCCACCAAACGCAGCUUCCUUGUGUCUCCCGGUGCAGCUGACCCAACUCUUCCGGUCCUAAACAGCCCGGAAGUUUGUAACAGGUACUUCCUGCAUCCUGAAGAAUCUGAGCCUCUUAAUAAGGGAAGUUCCAGCUUUAGCCCCUCGCAUCCGCUCCUGCCACUGAGGCAAAGACAGAAAAAGACACAGCCGGGGGAAGAGAGCUCAGCCUGUAGAAAUCGCUCCAACUCUUUCACACAGGAAGGUCAUGCCAAAGGAUCUAUGGCUUGGUCAGAUAAAAGACCGAGGCCACUGUCUCAGCUGAAUCGCUAUGUACUCCACACGGACAGUGAUGCUGACCUGGCCUCGGGUGACAGCGUUAGCCUGACUUGCUCUAUCAGUGAGGACAGUCUGGCCUCCACUGUUACACCCAAACACCAGAGCCAUCCGAGUCAAGCUAUCGCUAGGCGGGUCAAUGGUCAUAUUCUUUUGGGCAAUGUUAACAUGGAUGAAGAGGAUGAGCUGGUAACCAUAGCCAGGGCAGAUUCAUCAAAGAAUGACAUCACCCUGACAAACUCUGAGGACCCAGAGCACAAGAGUGCCACUCCUGGUGUUAAAACAGGCACCUGGGCAAAACAGGAGGAGGCAUCGUCAGAUUCCCGAACAGCCAGUUUUUUCCUGGAACCUUUGAUGCCUGCAGUUCUCAGACCAGCCAAAGAGAAGUCUAUGUGCCUCAAUAAAGAGGAAGAAUCAGGAGAGGGGCGGCAGCGAGGCUCUGCACGGAGAGCUGGAGGAGGAGACAGCUUCCAUUCAUCUUCCAGACGGAGACCUCCACAGACACUUAACAGGACAUUUACCCCCAACACCAGUUCAGAGUUUGACACAACUGUCAACCCCAAAUCUAGUGAAUUUGUGCCUAUUGCCUCUGCGCAAGCUUUCAGACCACUGGUAACUAGUAGCGUUGAGCCAUCUGCUGAGCGGUCACCUGGGUUUUACCUUCAUUCAUCUGUGCCUGAGGACCAAAGGCCUAUCCAAGCAUGGGACGUGCACCCAGGAUCUGAUUUAGAGACUGCGGAGACGAUUGAGGAGCAGGAUGCAGAACUCACCAAAGAGCUUCAUCCAGACAAGAAACGGUUAUACGAAGAGGAUGACGAGUCUGCCAAACUGCGUGAGGACAUGAAUGUAAAAGAACAUGAGGACAAGGACAGUGGGAGCAGGUGUUCCAGUCCCGGGCUACAGUCCCAGGUCAGUAGCGUGGCCAGUGGUAGCGUGCGCAUGACCAGUUUUGCUGAACGCAAAAUGCAGAGGUUCGGUAGCAACCAAGACAUCCGCUCCAGUGCGAGCAGCUCACAGCGGACCACGCCAGAUGGCUCCGAGAGUUGUCCACUCCCUCUGACCUCCUGGAGGAUAAAAAGGGACCAGAGCCCUACACCGCAGAACAAAGACAUGCUGGCCUCUGAACUUGUUCAACUUCACAUGCAGCUCGAAGAAAAGCGACGCGCAAUUGAAUCCCAGAAGAAGAAGAUGGAAGUCUUGACGGCAAAAAAAAGGCUCAAGCUUGGGAAGGCAGCUUUCUUGCACAUAGUGAAGAAAGGGAAGAGUGACACUCUCCCUCAGCCUGCAAAGUCGGGGUACUGUGUUAAUGAUGGCGAAAAACUAAACGAAGAAAAAGAGAAGUCAUCAAAAGAUGACUCUUGUGUAGAUGCUUUGAGAGAUGGAGCCAAAGUGGCUGAAGAAGCAGAGAAAGCAUCUCUUGAGUGGGCAGGUGGUGGGACAGUGUCCCCUAGUGCUUUAGACACGGACGAGGAAAUAGAUCUGAACGAGUGCAACAACUCCAUCGAGUUGCUGAAUAUGGCUAUCGGUAACAUUCAGCAACAGAUGAUGCAACUGUCGCUCCAGCAGGAAUUUCUCAUGAAGCAGAACCUCCAGUCUCCAAUGGGUGCUUCUCCACCAGCCAGUAGCGUCCAAAACAACGCAUCUGAAAACAGAGGCCUAGCUUCCAUACAUUUUGUCGAGCCGAGUGGCAGCCCUGCGGCACGAAAACCGCCAAAGCUGAGUUCGGCAAGAUCCCGUUCCAAACCUUCCGAGCUGCUGCUAGUAAAGGAACAGGGCAAAGCGCAGAAGAGCUCCACAUCAACACCUACUGACAACCUCAGGUCUAUUCAAGGGGGCAGGACCCCCACAACCGAGCCUGAGGACUUUAGGGAAAGCUCUGUAAAAUCAGACAUAUCGAACAAAGGCAAUCAGAAAAACACUACAUUCCACCUUAAUGAUGAAGCUAACUUGAGGACGGUAUCAAGGGAACCAAGUUCUGUGGCCCUUGGGGAAUCAAUGACUAGUACCUCAAGAGACCCUGAAGCUACAUUUGAUUAUGGGCCAGAGGGGAACCAUGCCUCCUCAGAGGACAUUUCUAAAGGAAAGGUCAGUCUUAUUGAAGUGGAUUUGUCUGACUUGGCUGCCAAUCCAGACGAGGAAGGUUCAGCCAUAUUGGAUGUCACCAAUGAUGAAGCAGAGGGGGAGAAGAAACCUGGCAUGGGCUUCUUUUUCAAGGACGAGCAGAAGGCAGAGGAUGAACUAGCCAAAAAGCGAGCAGCAUUUCUCCUGAAACAACAGAGGAAGGCAGAAGAGGCUCGACUUCGCAAACAACAUCUAGAGGCUGAAAGUGAGCUUAAACGUGAUGAAGCCAGACGGAAAGCUGAAGAGGACCGAAUGAGAAAAGAGGAGGAGAAAACCAGGAGAGAGUUGAUCAAGCAGGAAUAUCUGAGAAAGAAACAACAAGAGUUGGUCGAGGAGCAAGAGCAGCCCAAACCCAAGCCAAAACCCAAAAAGCAAAGGCCGAAGUCUGUGCUGAAAGAACAGCCAUCGAAUGGCACUCUUCCCAGAUGCACUGUUGCCAUGAAAGUCUGUCCUUCACCCGAUGAAAACCUCAUCAGUGCCCAGUCUGGCUCCAAUCUUUCACUGGCAUCUGUAGCCACCACUGAACCAGACAGCGUCAAUUCAGGAGGGGCGGGAUCUCAACGCGGGGAAUCAGUGGAGUCAUUUCCAGGCCUCAGCCGCAACUCCAGUCGGGCAACAGAGAGAGAUUGGGAUAACGGUUCAACCGCAUCUUCCAUUACAUCAACAUCAAUGGCAGAAUAUACAGGACCGAAGCUUUUCAAGGAGCCAAGUGCAAAAUCCAACAAGCCGAUAAUCCACAACGCCAUCUCUCAUUGCUGCUUAGCAGGGAAAGUGAAUGAGCCACAGAAGAACUCCAUUCUUGAGGAACUGGAGAAGUGCGAUUCCAACCACCUGAUGAUUCUUUUCCGCGACAGCGGCUGCCAGUUCAGAGCCCUUUAUUCUUAUUUCCCCGACACGGAGGAGAUUCAAAAGCUCACCGGGACAGGGCCCAAGAGCAUCACUAAGAAAAUGAUAGACAAACUCUACAAGUACAGCUCGGACCGCAAGCAAUUCACUGUAAUUCCCGCCAAAACUGUAUCUGUCAGCGUGGACGCGUUGACCAUUCAUAACCACCUGUGGCAGGCCAAAAGACCGGCGGCGGCCAAAAAGAGCGUAAAGUGAAGAAACACAGACAGAUGGGUGAUGUCUGGACAAAUGCACUUCAUCUGAAUGUGUUUUGGGUCGAAGUGCUUUAUCCACGUUCUGUGGUGUUUUUACAUGAUUCGUUUUUUGUUACUUGAAGUAUUUAUUGGUUUGACACUGAAUAGCUCAUUUAAACACGGAGCUUCCCCCCCAUGACAAACUGAUUGUUUCCUCCUUUGGUUAUUUUCCUCCUACUGUCUUUUAAAGAUGUAUGUUGCCUUCGACAGAAUUUAGUUUAAUGUUUAAAAGUAAAGACUCGCCUCUCAACCCUCUUUUUAUUUAGUCUCAAAAAUGCUGCUCUCCUCCGUAAUCACCGGGACAAUCCAGAGUAUGCGUACUUUUGGCCUUCGUGCUUUGUGGUACUGUCACUUUAAAAAGCAAAUCGGCUGUAGCCCAGUUUUGGGGAUGGUCCAGGAGAUGCGGAUUCACGUCAGCUGUCUUCUCUUCGAUUCUCCUGACAUCUCCACACUGGACAAGUCUGUACUGUGGUGCACUUAUAAUGUUUUAGUGCUUUAUUUUCAUGCAAUGUAACCAUGUUGAUGUUGGCACUGGAGCUUUCACGCAAAAGAGCAGCAUGCUCUGUUAUGAAGAGUAAACGCUGUACAGGAUUUGAAUGACAGUAUUUAAUAUAUUCAUAAUCGGUUAUCUGCCGUGCUGUCGCUGUCUAAUUAUUUACCACGGUUGAAAACAUUCCUCGGAGAAAAGUGUCAACACUGCCGACGUCUUUAUUCGUAGAUGUUCGAGAACACUCAAGCAAGCCUCAUUUGGUGCCCAGAUCAAUUGAGUUUUGCACGUAUGCACUUUAACGGUUUCGUUCAAUGGGGUCGAAUUUUAAAGGGCUUUACUCUAAAUCAUUUCGCUCUUGAUUUUGACAGAUAAAGGUACUCGCUUGGCAAACACUAGUAAUACAGAGUAGAGUCAACUGACAGACCCUUCGUGGCUCUUAAACUACUGUUUCCAAAUUAUAGAUGUUAGAUUUGUCUACACGUCGCUGCAUUUUUGUUUAAUUUUUAAUCGCAGUUUUGUAUAUUAUGUGUGUUUUUAUAUUACGGUAACUAAAAGAUUGUAAUGAUGUCGGUCACUUUUUCCCUCUUUAUUUUUUUAACUACUUCCCAUUCUUGCUCAUUUUGAUUUCUUUACCAUACCAUUAUUUAUUUUAAAUGACUCUUGAGAAUAAUAAAUAUUUCAAGUAAAUCAA